GACGCACACAAACUUUCAGGCCCAGGAAGCGAGGACACCACUGGGGCCCCAGGGUGUGGCAAGUGAGGAUAGCAAGGGUUUUGCUAAACAAAUCCCCUGCCUGCUCCCCGCCCCGGGCUCACUCCAUGUGAGGCCCCAGUCAGGGCAGCCACCUGCCGUGCCUGUUGGAAGUUGCCUCUGCUAUGCUGGGCCCUGCUGUCCUGGGCCUCAGCCUCUGGGCUCUCCUGCACUCUGGGACGGGGGCCCCAUUGUGCCUGUCACAGCAACUUAGGAUGAAAGGGGACUAUGUGCUGGGGGGGCUGUUCCCCCUGGGCGAGGCCGAGGAGGCUGGCCUCCGCAGCCGGACACGGCCCAGCAGCCCUGUGUGCACCAGGUUCUCCUCGAACGGCCUGCUCUGGGCACUGGCCAUGAAAAUGGCCGUGGAGGAGAUCAACAACAAGUCGGAUCUGCUGCCUGGGCUGCGCCUGGGCUACGAUCUCUUCGAUACGUGCUCAGAGCCUGUGGUGGCCAUGAAGCCCAGCCUCAUGUUCCUGGCCAAGGCAGACAGCCGCGACAUCGCCGCCUACUGCAACUACACGCAGUACCAGCCCCGUGUGCUGGCUGUCAUCGGGCCCCACUCAUCAGAGCUCGCCCUAGUCACCGGCAAGUUCUUCAGCUUCUUCCUCAUGCCCCAGGUCAGCUACGGCGCUAGCAUGGAGCUGCUGAGCGCCCGGGAGACCUUCCCCUCCUUCUUCCGCACUGUGCCCAGCGACCGUGUGCAGCUGACGGCCGCUGCGGAGCUGCUGCAGCAGUUCGGCUGGAACUGGGUGGCCGCCCUGGGCAGCGACGAUGAGUAUGGCCGGCAGGGCCUCAGCAUCUUCUCGGCCCUGGCCGCGGCACGUGGCAUCUGCAUUGCACACGAGGGCCUGGUGCCGCUGCCCCGUGCCGAUGAUUUGCGGCUGGGGAAGGUGCAGGACGUGCUGCACCAGGUCAACCAGAGCAGCGUGCAGGUGGUGCUGCUGUUCGCCUCUGUGCACGCUGCCUACGCCCUCUUCAACUACAGCAUCAGCAGCAGGCUCUCGCCCAAGGUGUGGGUGGCCAGUGAGGCCUGGCUGACCUCUGACCUGAUUAUGGGGCUGCCCGGCAUGGCCCAGGUAGGCACGGUGCUUGGCUUCCUCCAGAAGGGUGCCCAGCUGCACGAGUUCUCCCAGUACGUGAAGACACACCUGGCCCUGGCCGCCGACCCCGCUUUCUGCGCCGCCCUGGGCGAGAGGGAGCAGGGUCUGGAGGAAGACGUGGUGGGCCAGCGCUGCCCGCAGUGUGACUGCAUCACGCUGCAGAACGUGAGCGCAGGGCUAAAUCACCACCAGAUGUUCUCUGUCUACGCGGCUGUGUAUAGCGUGGCCCAGGCCCUGCACAAUACUCUUCAGUGCAACGCCUCAGGCUGCCCUGCGCAGGACCCCGUGAAGCCCUGGCAGCUUCUGGAGAACAUGUACAACCUGACCUUCCACGUGGGCGGGCUGACGCUGCGGUUCAACAGCAGCGGAAACGUGGACAUGGAGUACGAUCUGAAGCUGUGGGUGUGGCAGGGCUCAGUGCCCAAGCUCCACAAUGUGGGCGGGUUCAAUGGCAGCCUCUGGACAGAGCGCCUGAAGAUCCGCUGGCACACGCCUGACAACCAGAAGCCCGUGUCCCAGUGCUCGCGGCAGUGCCAGGAGGGCCAGGUGCGCCGGGUCAAGGGGUUCCACUCCUGCUGCUACGACUGUGUGGACUGCAAGGCGGGCAGCUACCGGCACAGCCCAGACGACCUCGCCUGCACCUUUUGCCGCCAGGAUGAGUGGUCUCCGGAGCGGAGCACACGCUGCUUCCGCCGCAGGUCUCGGUUCCUGGCAUGGGGAGAGCCAGCUGUGCUGCUGCUGCUCCUGCUGCUGAGCCUGGCGCUGGGCCUCGUGCUGGCUGCUUUGGGGCUGUUCAUUCGCCAUCGGGACAGCCCACUGGUUCGGGCCUCGGGCGGGCCCCUGGCCUGCUUUGGCCUGGUGUGCCUGGGCCUGGUGUGCCUCAGCGUCCUCCUGUUCCCUGGCCGGCCCGGUACCGCCCGCUGCCUGGCCCAGCAGCCUUUGUCCCACCUCCCGCUCACGGGCUGCCUGAGCACGCUCUUCCUGCAGGCGGCCGAGAUCUUCGUGGAGUCAGAACUGCCUCUGAGCUGGGCAGACCGGCUGAGUGGCUGCCUGCGGGGGCCCUGGGCCUGGCUGGUGGUGCUGCUGGCCAUGCUGGUGGAGGUCGCACUGUGCACCUGGUACCUGGUGGCCUUCCCGCCGGAGGUGGUGACGGACUGGCACAUACUGCCCACAGAGGCACUGGUGCACUGCCGCACACGCUCCUGGGUCAGCUUCGGCCUAGCACACGCCACCAACGCCACGCUGGCCUUCCUCUGCUUCCUGGGCACCUUCCUGGUGCAGAGCCGGCCGGGCCGCUACAACCGUGCCCGUGGCCUCACCUUUGCCAUGCUGGCCUACUUCAUCACUUGGGUCUCCUUUGUGCCCCUCCUGGCCAACGUGCAGGUGGUCCUCAGGCCCGCCGUGCAGAUGGGCGCCCUCCUGCUCUGCGUUCUGGGCAUCCUGGCUGCCUUCCACCUGCCCAGGUGUUACCUGCUCAUGCGGCAGCCAGGGCUCAACACCCCUGAGUUCUUCCUGGGAGGGGGCCCUGGGGAUGCCCAAGGCCGGAACGACGGGGACACAGGAAAUCAGAGGAAACAUGAGUGACCCGACCCUAUGAUCUCAGCCCCGGGGAACCCAGACCUAGCUGAGAUCCCCCCCCUAAGCCAACAAUGACCCAUGUCCUCCUACAGAGACCCUCCCGCUCUAGAUUCUGACCCCAAGUUGUCUCCUGACCCUGACCCCACAGUGACCCCUAGGCCUGCAGCAGGUGGACACCCCUGUGACCAUCUGGGCCCCAGAGCCAAGCUGUGUCCCUGUCCCUCUGUGCCCAGACCAGGCCUGCCCAGGUAACUCAGACCCACCGUUCUGGAAAGAGGCCCAGAGGGCUCCCAGGGUCCCCGCAACCCACACCGUGAGCUCAGGAAAAGGACGCAGGGAGGCCCCGGCCAGAUGGCUGGAAGCCCAAACCAGGCCCUGCCGACCUGACCAUGUCCCGCCAGGGCCCCCACCCAGCACCCUUGCCAGGCACCACAGCAGUGGGAGGCCAGGUGGGGGCACACAGGCAUAUGCCCAGGGCAGAGCCCGCCCAGGUGGGGGUGGCACCCAGCUUCCUUCUCUGCCCUGGCCCAGUGGGUACACACCAUCAUGACUGUCACCAGUCCCAGGGACAGAGCCCAGGUGGGGUGGGGGCGGGAUCCAGCACCACGGCCAGCACCGACCACCAGGACCCUGGAGCCAGCACCAUGGACAGAAAACUGCCCAUCAGGGUCCGAUGCCAGCACCCCGCCAGGCCCACACAGGGUCUUGGGUCAGAGUCCGAGGGUCAGCUCCCAGCAGGGCCUAGGGGAGGCUGGACCAGCUCCCUAUGCCUCAUUCCAAGGCAGCCCAGCCGGAGAGAAGCGGCACAGGCCACACAUCCGUCCCAUAAAAUUAAACGCUUUUUAGUGUUUAAAAUAA